AUGCCUCCAUUCGUCAAGGAAUCAUGCCGGAGUCAAUUAUACUCCGAUGAUGAUGAUCCUCAAUCACUCAAUGUGUAUAUGAGAACAAUCGUAUUAGUCUGUUUGUUUGCGGUGGCAGCAACUGCUGCGGUUUUGCCUGAAGCAAGUUAUUUGCCCCCUGCGGAGAAGCUUUCCAGUGAAUAUCUUCCACCAUCGGAGGAAUUAGCAGAAGUGAAAGAAGCUUUAGAAGAGACUUUAGACUCUGCUGCUCUAGCAGAUGAUGGAUACCGUUACAAGACUAUCCGUAAACUGAAAUACCGUGUACGUCGUGAUGUCUCAGAACUAGUUGCUCCCGAAUAUUUGCCACCAGCAGAAGAAGUCGCCGAAGUGAAAGAAGCUGUCGAAACCACUGAAGCCCCCGAAGAAUCUGCCGUUCUUGCCGAUGAUGGAUACCGUUACAAGACUAUCCGUAAACUGAAAUACCGUGUACGUCGUGAUGUCUCAGAACUUGUUGCUCCUGAAUAUUUGCCACCAGCAGAAGAAGUCGCCGAAGUGAAAGAAGCUGUCGAAACCACUGAAGCCCCCGAAGAAUCUGCCGUUCUUGCCGAUGAUGGAUACCGUUACAAGACUAUCCGUAAACUGAAAUACCGUGUACGUCGUGAUGUCUCAGAACUAGUUGCUCCCGAAUACUUGCCACCAGCAGAAGAAGUCGCCGAAGUGAAAGAAGCUAUUGAAACCACUGAAGCCCCUGUAGAUACUGCCGUUCUUGCUGAUGAUGGAUACCGUUACAAGACGAUCCGUAAGUUGAAAUACCGUCAACGUCGUGAUGUCUCAGAACUUGUUGCUCCCGAAUACUUGCCACCAAGUGAGGAGAUCGCUGUUAAAGAAGCUGUAGAAACUACUGAGGCCCCUGAAGAAUCUGCCGUUCUUGCUGAUGAUGGAUACCGUUACAAGACCAUCCGUAAACUGAAAUACCGUCAUCGUCGUGAUGUUUCAGAACUUGUUGCUCCCGAAUAUUUGCCACCAGCAGAAGAAGUCGCUGAAGUUAAAGAAGCUAUCGAAACCACUGAAGCCCCCGAAGAAUCUGCCGUUCUUGCCGAUGAUGGAUACCGUUACAAGACCAUCCGUAAAUUGAAAUAUCGUGUACGUCGUGAUGUCUCAGAACUAGUUGCUCCCGAAUACUUGCCACCAGCAGAAGAUGUCGCUGAAGUUAAAGAAGCUAUCGAAGCCACUGAAACCCCUGAAGAUUCUGCGGUUCUUGCCGAUGAUGGAUACCGUUACAAGACCAUCCGUAAAUUGAAAUACCGUCAGCGUCGUGACGUCUCAGAACUUGUUGCUCCCGAAUAUUUGCCACCAGCAGAGGAAGUCGCUGAAGUUAAAGAAGCUAUCGAAACCACUGAAGCCCCCGAAGAAUCUGCCGUUCUUGCCGAUGAUGGAUACCGUUACAAGACCAUCCGUAAAUUGAAAUAUCGUCAGCGUCGUGACGUCUCAGAACUUGUUGCUCCCGAAUAUUUGCCACCAGCAGAAGAUGUCGCUGAAGUUAAAGAAGCUAUCGAAGCCACUGAAACCCCUGAAGAUUCUGCGGUUCUUGCCGAUGAUGGAUACCGUUACAAGACCAUCCGUAAAUUGAAAUACCGUCAGCGUCGUGACGUCUCAGAACUUGUUGCUCCCGAAUAUUUGCCACCAGCAGAAGAAGUCGCUGAAGUGAAAGAAGCUAUCGAAACCACAGAAGCCCCUGAAGAAUCUGGCGUUCUUGCGGAUGAUGGAUACCGUUACAAGACCAUUCGUAAGUUGAAAUACCGUGUACGUCGUGACGUCUCAGAACUUGUUGCUCCCGAAUACUUGCCACCAGCAGAAGAAGUCGCUGAAGUUAAAGAAGCUAUCGAAACCACAGAAGCCCCUGAAGAAUCUGGCGUUCUUGCUGAUGAUGGAUACCGUUACAAGACCAUUCGUAAGUUGAAAUACCGUCAACGUCGUGACGUCUCAGAACUUGUUGCUCCCGAAUAUUUGCCACCAGCAGAAGAAGUUGCUGAAGUUAAAGAAGCUAUCGAAACCACAGAAGCCCCAGAAGAAUCUGCUGUUCUUGCUGAUGAUGGAUACCGUUACAAGACCAUCCGUAAAUUGAAAUACCGUCAACGUCGUGACGUCUCAGAACUUGUUGCUCCCGAAUACUUGCCACCAACUGAGGAAGUCGCUGAAGUUAAGGAAGCUAUCGAAACCACAGAAGCACCCGAAAAUUCUGCCGUUCUUGCCGAUGAUGGAUACCGUUACAAGACCGUCCGUAAAUUGAAAUACCGUCAACGCCGUGAUGUCUCAGAACUUGUUGCUCCCGAAUACUUGCCACCAGCAGAAGAAGUCGCUGAAAUUAAGGAAGCUAUCGAGACCAAUGAAGCCCCUGAAGAAUCUGCCGUUCUUGCCGAUGAUGGAAACCGUUACAAGACCAUUCGUAAGUUGAAAUACCGUCAACGUCGUGACGUCUCAGAACUUGUUGCUCCUGAAUACUUGCCACCAACUGAGGAAGUCGCUGAAGUUGAAGAAGCUGUUGAAACUACUGAAGCACCCGAAGAAUCCGCGGUUCUUGCUGAUGAUGGAUACCGUUACAAAACCAUCCGCAAAUUGAAAUACCGUCAACGUCGUGAUGUGUCCGUAAUCGCCAACGAAUAUCUUCCUCCUGUAGAAGAAGUCUCUUCUGAGUACAUCCCACCUUCAGAAGUCAAAGAAGCCUCUGAAGGUCCUGAAGAAUCCGCUGCACUUGCUGAUGAUGGGUACCGUUACAAAACCAUCCGUAAAUUGAAAUACCGUCAACGCCGUGAUGUCUCAGAGAUUAUUGCUCCCGAAUACCUGCCACCAGUUGAGAAAUCUGCCUCAGAGUACUUACCACCAUGUGAGGAAGUAGCUGAGGUUACCGAAAUCCCUGCUGAGCAAUCUGCGGUACUAGCCGAUGAUGGAUAUCGUUAUAAAACCGUUAAAAGAAUAAGAUAUAGGCAAUAG